AUGAUACUGCCUAUUCUCUGUCUCUUUCAUGCCAUUAGAUAUGAACAAAAGACUUUAAAGAAGCCAAAGGUAGUAGAACGCGUAUCAAACGAAGAGCUCGAUAUUAAGGUUGCUCUUAUUAAUAUCAAUCAUGGAAUACUUGAAAGAGAUUAUGGAACAUCUGAUCUUAAUUCUCUUAUUGAUCAGAUAUGUAAUGAAUUCCAUCUUGAAUGGAGUCUCGUUUCAAAUUAUUUCAGCCGAGUUAAAUAUGCAAGUUUAUCUAAGACUAUUAUGUUCAGGCUUGACAUGGACCAAGCAGACGGAGACAACAGAGCUGGGUACCUUGCUGGAACCGUUUUCAAAGUUACAAAAAUGAACGGUUGGUACACUGUUAAUGUUCGUCAGGCAAGUGUAAAAGGAACUAUACGUAGAUGA